AUGGCCGGGAUCACAGGGUUGUUGUAUGUCUUUCGGGCUGUGUGGCCAUGUUCCAGAAGCAUUCUCUCCUGACGUUUCGCCCACAUCUAUGGCAGGCAUCCUCAGAGGUUGUGAGGUAUGGAUAAACUAAGUAAGGAAAGGAAAGAAUAUAUAUCUGUGUCCAAGGUGUGGCAAGAGUCCUUUGUCACUGGGAGCCAGCAUUAAUGUUUCAGUUAAUCACCCUAAUUAGCAUUGGAGAUGUUUUGUCCCUUGCCUGGGGGCAUCCUUUGUUCAGUCAAGCCUUCAUUGUGUUGGUUCCCAUCUACUGUUUUGAUUUUGGAGUUUUGUAAUACUGGUAGCCAGAUUUUGUUCAUUUUCAUGGUUUCUUCCUUUCUGUUAAAGUUGUCCACAUGCUUGUGGAUUUCAAUGGCUUCUCUGUGUAGUCUGACAUGAUAGUUGUUGGAAUGGUCCAGCAUUUUUGUGUUCUCAAAUGCAAAACUCCCCCCCAGCAACAUAACGAGAAAAGAAAGACAGGCCAUCAAAGAUCUCAACUCAGAUCCUGAAAUCAUCAUUCUUCCAGCUGACAAGGGGAAUGCCACAGUAAUCAUGGAAACAAAACAAUACAAGGAAAAAAUCAGACAACUUCUAGAUCCCACAAUUUACAAGAAACUGAAACAAGACCCCACUAACAAAAUCACCAGAAAAACGAACACUCUAAUCAAGAACUCCUCCAUUAACUUUGACAUACGCCAACAGCUGUGCAAAUCAGAAGCCCUCCCACCCAGGCUUUACGGACUCCCCAAAAUCCACAAGGACUCCAUCCCACUCAGACCCAUUGUAAGUGCCAUUGGAUCGCCGACUUACAACCUGGCAAAAUUUCUGGCUACACAGCUACAAACCCACAUUGGGCUCACUGCACAUUAUAUCAAGGACUCUACACACUUUAUAGAAAAGAUCAGCAACCUCAAUCUAAGCACCAAGGACAUCCUGAUCAGCUUUGAUGUGGUGUCCCUUUUUACCAAAGUCCCAGUAGCUGACACCCUCACACUAAUCAAACAAAACUUCCCAGAAGACAUCACAGCCCUGUUUCACCAUUGCCUCACCACUAGCUACUUUCAGUGGGACACUGGAUUCUAUGAACAGAAGGAUGGAGUGGCCAUGGGGAGCCCCCUCAGCCCAGUAGUAGCAAAUUUCUAUAUGGAAUACUUUGAAAAACAGGCCCUAGAAACAGCACCAAAAAAGCCAACUGUUUGGUUCAGAUACGUAGAUGACACCUUCACAAUUUGGAGCCAUGGAGAGGAAGAACUCAGCAAGUUCCUGGACCAUCUUAACAGCAUCCACCCAAACAUCCAAUUCACCAUGGAAAAAGAAAAGGAAGGAAAACUGCCAUUUCUAGAUGUUCUGGUCAUCCGCAAACCCAAUCAACAAUUGGGCCACACAGUUUACAGAAAACCUACACACACAGAUAGAUACCUUCAUAAAAACUCCAACCAUCACCCAAGUCAAAAAAGGAGCACAAUCAAAGCCCUGACAGACCGUGCACAAAGAAUCUGCGAACCUCACCUCCUCCAAGGUGAACUCAACCACCUAAACUGGGCUCUACAGGCCAAUGGAUACUCCACCACAGACAUCAGAAGAGCUGCAAGGCCAAGAACAAGCCAUGAGAGUCAAGACAAAGAUCCACCCAGAGGAAAGGUGUUCUUACCAUACAUCAAGGGAACUACUGACCGCAUAGGGAAGCUGAUGAAGAAGCACAACCUACAAACUAUCUACAGACCCACGAAGAAAAUCCAACAAAUGCUACGGUCAGCGAAGGACAAGAGGGAUCCUCUCUCUUCUGCAGGAGUCUACCGGAUACCAUGCAGCUGUGGACAAGUCUACAUAGGGACCACCAAACGCAGCGCCCAAACAAGAGUCAAAGAACAUGAAAGGCACUGCAGACUAAUUCAACCAGAGAAAUCAGCCAUAGCAGAGCAUUUGAUGAACCAGCCUGGACACAGGAUACUAUUUGAGAACACAAAAAUGCUGGACCAUUCCAACAACUAUCAUGUCAGACUACACAGAGAAGCCAUUGAAAUCCACAAGCAUGUGGACAACUUUAACAGAAAGGAAGAAACCAUGAAAAUGAACAAAAUCUGGCUACCAGUAUUACAAAACUCCAAAAUCAAAACAGUAGAUGGGAACCAACACAAUGAAGGCUUGACUGAACAAAGGAUGCCCCCAGGCAAGGGACAAAACAUCUCCAAUGCUAAUUAGGGUGAUUAACUGAAACAUUAAUGCUGGCUCCCAGUGACAAAGGACUCUUGCCACACCUUGGACACAGAUAUAUAUUCUUUCCUUUCCUUACUUAGUUUAUCCAUACCUCACAACCUCUGAGGAUGCCUGCCAUAGAUGUGGGCGAAACGUCAGGAGAGAAUGCUUCUGGAACAUGGCCACACAGCCCGAAAGACAUACAACAA